AUGGCACCGUUAGCCGAUGAACUGGCCGCCGUGGUCAGCAGAGAUGUUCGCUGCUCUUCAGGCUACUACUACAGUGGAGGAUAUUGCUAUAGAUACAGCUCCUGGUAUUGGUGGGGGCGAUGGGUAUUCGCCGGCGUUGUCAUCCUCUUCAUCAUCGUUCUGCUCUUCCUGCUUGGAUGCAUGAACGCCCGCCGCAGGAGAAGAAGAGGCCUGCAGCCGCGCUACGGCACCGGCUGGAUGGGCGGGCCCCCGGCCUACACCCCGGGCAACUACAACCAGCCCCCGCCGCCGCAGUACCAGCAGCAGCAGCCGCAGUACACGGGCAACACGUUCAACAGCAACGAGGGCUACUACGGGACCCACAACGAGGGCAUCAACCUCCAGCAGCCCCAGCAGUCGUACUACCCGAGGAGCGGCGACGACAGCGGCUACGCUCCCCCGCCCGGCCCGCCUCCGAGCAAGAUUCACUAA